AUGUCGUCCUCGCCAGAGUUGCAGCUCACGCCCACCAAUUCACCUUCUAUAUCAUGCAUUUCCUCCGCCGUCUCUCCCAGCAGCUCCGUGUCCAAGGAUGGGGCUCACAUUGGCACUGAUGGCCAGCCUGUGAAGCGUGGACGGCGAAGUAAUCCGAAAGUCAAGACGGGCUGCUCCAACUGCAAACAAAGACGCAUCAAGUGCGAUGAGCUACGACCAGCUUGUACUCAAUGCGUGAGGAGCAAUAAGAUCUGUACGGGCUAUCCCCCACCACCACGGAGUGCUAGGCCACUUGCCGAUAUUAGGAUUGCACCGAAACCCAUGUUGGCGAUUCGGUCACAGGCGGCAUCUGGAAUUGCCUCUUCCAGCAUUGUCAAACCAACAGUCCUACCGCCGCGCCGGGCCAAUCGGCGCAAACGCCAAUCAGUCGUCACACAGCAUACCCUUUUGGCUGCCGCAACUCCACCUACGUUGUACCAGCCGUCGAAUACCUUGGGGUUCCAGCAAGUCGAGGGCUUGUAUUUCGAACUCUUCCGCGUCCAAACCUCCUCCGAACUAUCGGGAUACUUCAAUUCCAAUUUCUGGGCUCAGCAAGUUCUGCAGGAGUGCCACGCCGAGUCGGCCAUCCGCCACUCAGUCGUUGCUCUCGGGGCUCUGUAUAAAACUUUGGAGCAAACCUUCUACUUGGACACAAUCAGUCCAGACAAGACAAAAAUGCAUAUGGAUUCUUUGGUGUCACAUUGGCACGUUGCCAUUAAGCAGUACUCUGAUGCAAUGAACUCAAUGAUGCUUCUCCAUGGACAGAGCUUACGGUCGUUUAGAACCCGACUCAUGGCUAGUAUUCUUUUAGCAUGCUUCGAUUCUUUCAUCGGGGACCACAAGCAGGCCAUUGUUCAAAUUCAGACAGGCCUUGGCCUUCUCGAACAACUCAAAACCCUUUAUCCCAAUCACCAUACACCCGGUCCGGAAGGGUACAUCGAAGAUGAUUUGCUCAAUAUUUUCACCCGGUUAGCGAUACAAGCCAAAUCAUACGACAUGGCAUUUCACUUUCCCCAACCUUAUGUCAUACGUCUGACUCCACAACAACAAUCCCGGGGGUCGUCUCCCGUCUCCUCAGAUAUGGGAUCACCCGGAUCGCCGCCUAGUAUGAUUGUUCCACCCCGGUUCGAGUCGUUGCUGGAGGCCCGCCUAGCUUCAGAUAAGCUGUGUGAGAGGUUGCUCAAAUUCAUCGAACGGCUUCAAAUCGCCAAAAACAACAAGAGCAACGUGCUACCAGAAUCAUGGAGGCAGUAUGGCAUAGACCUGAAGAGUGAGCUGGACUCUUGGGCGGUCGCGUUCGAGCACAUAUUUCAGUCUCGCUUUGAUCCACGCGUCAGCCUCAUUGAGAAGGCGGGGAUAUCCGCCCUGAAAAUGUUUCAGAUCAACAGCAAUGUUCUAUUCUUGAUGAUGUUUUGCGAUACGGAAGUAAAAUUUGACGCAUUUCUGCCGCAUUUUAAAGCCGUUGUCGAUCUUGGCUGGGAGGUGGUCAGCGCAGAAGAGUGCAGGGCUGCCGCGGAGGGAAAAGUGAAAACCGAGGACGACCAGAGCCAGUACGCAAACACCAAAGGUGCACUUAGAGCCGGCAAGCUGAACACGCCUCACAUCAAGCCCAGCUUUUCCGCAGAUCUCGGCAUCGUACCGCCCCUGUUUGUCGUGGCAACCAAGUGCCGCGAACCCAGGCUUCGACGCCAAGCUAUUCAGUUGCUGCGCAGCAGCGCGAGGAGAGAGGGCAUGUGGGACAGUGAGUUGGCAGCUAAUAUUGGCCGUUGGGUCAUGCAGAUUGAAGAGUCUUACGGCGAUCUCUCGAUGGGAUGGGAUGAAUCCGUGCUGCCGUCGGAGCCGAUUCCAGAAGAAAAGAGAGUCAUGGUGAAGUCUGCUGAUUUCGAUCUUCGAGCUCGAUUCGCCGAGCUUAGGGUGGGCACGCGAGCAGUGCAUGAGGGAUCUCAUGACGACAGGGUACGAACUACCAGAAUUAUGUGGUAG